AUGGCGAGCCUUUUCCCUUCCCCGUCAGAGAGAGAUAUUCUAGCCAAGUUCUAUGAAUACGGGCAGUAUGAACUCCACGAGGCAUUUUUAUCUGAAACUUUCACCGAGGCUCGUACCAAGUAUCAGCUCAAAAAAGUCAACAUUGUUGAUAGCUUCGUUGACAGACGUGAUAUGGCGGAUUGUGGCUGUAGUUACAUGGAACUCGACAUUCCAACUUCCUUCAAGGAGCAUCUUUAUGAAGUUAUUGAGAACCGAAUGCGGGACAACGGCUACAACAUCAAAUUUCAUGUCCCAGAUGAUAUCAUUGAUGACGAACUUCAAUGGCUUGAAGAUUUGAACAGGUGUUCUGAUAGCGAUUCAGACGCUGGUUCUUUCGACUUGGGAGGUCAUAUGGAGGAUACCUACUUUCUGCCCUUGAUCACCAGUGCAGUUAUUGGCACAAUCAAGAAUGGAGAGUUUGCUGUAUUUGAAUCAGACGAAGAUGGGGGCAUUGUCUUGCGCGAGAAUCACAAAAUCGACGAUCGCUUCCUCCCAGAGCCGGCGAUUAAAUUAGAGCGAACGUGGUAA